CCAAAUAGAGUCCGCAUACAGUAUGAAGGGCACGAUAAGAUUACUCAGCAUCUUUCAGUGGUCCUUCGAGGAAAUGGAUUUCUAUGUCCGCGUUGAAUAGAAGAGGACUGGUCCUUCAUGAAAGAUUGUUGAGUCCGCGGAUACUUCAUUUCGCCUCCCAGCUGUUCUGGGAAUGCAAGAUGCUCCAAGCUUGUGAGACAUACCUGGAAGGGAUACCGAACGACGAUAACCUUUACAAGGAAGAAGAUGACUCUAUGCUUCCAAUAAGCCUCAAAAAUAUGCCCAAAGAAUCGGAAGCUUCUGAUAUCUGGAUCAGCGUCGUUCAAACUUACGGAAGAUGCAGUAUUACCAUGCCCGACGGCAGACUUAUUACUUUCGCUGGUAUCGCAAAAUUAAUCCCGCCGCCCUUGAAUGACCAUUACCUUGCAGGGCACUUGGAAGAAGGACCUCCCGUACGACUUGGUUUGGUCCUUGUGGAAUAUAAAAGGUGGCGAACUACAAUCAUCAAGACGAUAUAG